GCAGAGGGGGGUGGAGGACACUGAAUGGAGGCCAAUGGAGGGAUUGGCAGAGGGGGGUGGAGGACACUGAAUGGAGGCCAGUGGAGGGAUUGGCAGAGAGGGGUGGAGGACACUGAAUGGAGGCCAGUGGAGGGAUUGGCAGAGGGGGGUGGAGGACACUGAAUGGAGGCCAAUGGAGGGAUUGGCAGAGGGGGGGUGGAGGACACUGAAUGGAGGCCAGUGGAGGGAUUGGCAGAGAGGGGUGGAGGACACUGAAUGGAGGCCAGUGGAGGGAUUGGCAGAGGGGGGUGGAGGACACUGAAUGGAGGCCAGUGGAGGGAUUGACAGAGAGGGGUGGAGGACACUGAACGGUCGUCAAUGAGGAGGGAGUUGCAGUAGUUGAGGUGAGAGAUAACCAGGGAGUGA